UUCAGAAUCCACUAAGAAAUGAGUAAAGAAAAGAACAACGUUAUGGAUUUUUUCCAAAGGGCCCCGCCAUUCUUGGUCCAGUUGCAGAAUAUAUUACGAAAAUAUCCUGAUGGGGGACAGAUUCUGAAAGAAUUAAUCCAGAAUGCAGAUGAUGCCAGAGCCAGUGAAGUAAUUUUCAUUUACGAUGAAAGACAAUAUGGUUUUGAGUCCCUUUAUUCAAAAGAUCUCCAUAGCAUCCAAGGUCCUGCUCUUUUGGCAUACAACAAUGAGAUGUUUACAGAUGGUGAUUGGGAGGGAAUCCAGAAACCAGGAAACAGUCUCAAACGCAAAGAUCCCAAUACAGUUGGGAGAUUUGGAUUAGGCUUCAACUCUGUAUAUCACAUCACCGACUAUCCUGCCAUAUUUAGUGGAAAAAAUAUUGGAAUUCUGGACCCUUGUGAAACUGUGUUCCACAGAGGAGGCUGCUCCUGGAACCUGGGGCAAAAUAAGGAGUCUAUUGAGGAGUUAGCUGACCAAUUUCACCCUUUUCAGACAGUCUUGGAAGCCAUCGAUCGAGGUUCCUGGAGUGAAAUUCUUAAAUCUGGCUGUUUCAAGGGGACACUUUUUCGGUUUCCUUUUAGACUCGCUCCUUCUGAAAUUUCUGAAAAUGUUUACAGCUCAGAGAGAGUUCAAGAGCUCUUUGAAUCUUUCAUUAGGGAUGCUUGCAUCAGCCUUCUUUUCCUGCGCCAUGUGACAAGUGUAUCUCUGAAGAGAAUUGGGAGUGAUGGAGUGUUGACAAACCUUCUUACCGUCAAUGCAUCUUCUGAGACUUCGGAUGAAACGGAGACUCCUGAACUCAGGACUGGAACACAUGUAAAAAUCACCACUGUAAAGCAAUUUGACAUAGAAAAGGAAGAGUUUAAAUGGCUGAUGACAACUUGUUUGGUUCAUGGGUAUCUGUUUGCAGACCUUGAGGAGCUCAGUAAGAAGUUGUACAACAAUAUUGCCCUUGAUCUGGCUUUCCCUUUAACCAAAGGAGGCAUUGACUUGUUUGGUGGCCGUCUAAGCUGUGUACUGCCACUUCCUGACAAGGAGGAAAAUAGAACAGGACUCCCACUGAUCAUCAAUGGUUGUUUUGAUCUAACUGAUGAUCGAAGAAGCAUAAAGUGGAUUGAAGUUGACCAACAGCAUGAUGAUGCUGCUAAAUGGAACCAUAUUCUGGUAGAAAGGCUCCUGCCUCUUGUCUACAAAUGUGCAAUAAUGCACGCGGUUUCUUUAGCGAAGACCUCAAAGAUUACAGUUGAGGAGGCUUACGGUAUUUGGCCAGACCCAGUUAAGAUACAACAUAAAGGAAAAUGGCAUAAUCUUACUAAAGAACUGGCCAAAUUAUUGAUUAAUGAGAGACUUCUACAAACUGCUGACAAAUCAUGUUGGGUAGCCACAAAUGAAGCCAUAUUUAUGUUCAGUGAUAAUGACGGCAUGCGAAAAUGUCUAGAGGAUCUUCUUUUGUUACUGAAAAAACCUCUUGUUAAAAUUCCAGGACAUGUUUACCGAACGCUUACAUUAUCUGAGAACAGUCAUGCAAAGCUGAAUAUUGUAUCUCCCUUGUUUAUUCGGACUGUCAUGCACAACAGUAACUGGAGUGCCUUUCCAAAUGAAAAGAAAAUGCUACUUCUGACUUAUGUUAUCAGUGAUGGGCAGUUUAAUGAUUUGUUAAAUCUUCAACUCCUUCCGCUGUCUGAUGGGACAUUCAUAAGCUUUCAGAACAAUGUUUCGACUGGGAUGGCAUACAUUGAUAGCCCAAACUUUCCAAGGACUUUAUUGCCUGGACUUGUGAAAAGAUUUAUACCAGAGGAUCUACCCAGUGAUCUUCUUUCUCAUCUAAGGAACAUUGGUUUAAAAAGAAUUUACAAAAACCUUCUGUGUCUUGAUGAAGUUGUUGUAUGCAAGAGUUUGAGUGAAGCACUUCCAAAAACAUGGCUCAAACGUCAAGACAUUGUCACAUGGUGCCCAGGAGAACCAAACAAUCCACCAUUGAACUGGCUUCCUGCAUUCUGGGCUUUCCUACAAAGAUAUGACUACAUUUUAGAAUCGCUUGAAGAUCAACCACUUGUGCCACUAAAUUUUAUUACACAAAACACCAACGACAUUAAGCUUGCUCCAUUGAAAAAAAAUACUACUUUAGUUUUUCAAAAUAAAGAUGGCUACAUCUUGAAUGACUGCCUUACUGCAAUGCUAGAGCGGGCAGGCUGCAGUGUGAUACAGCAAGAGAACUCUUGGUUAUGGCACAAAAAUAUCCAAAAAUAUAUCCUGGUACCCUCUCCAAAUAACAUUUUAGAGAUAUUUUCCCAUCUGAAUUUAAAAGAUCUUGUACGACUAUUUUUGAAUUCGUCUAGAGAAGAUGCUAAAAUGUUCUGUGACUAUAUUUCUCAAGCACGUUCUUUUACUGCCUCUGAACUGAAGAUUUUGUACCAGCUGCCUAUCUUUUGCAGUACCAACAAUAUACAUUUCUCUGACUCUAGACUAGUAAAUGCUGGUCAUUUAAGAGCAGUGGACAAAACCACUACCCCCACUGUACCUGAAGACCUUGUAUUCCCAGAUGUUUUCAUAAGGUGCAGAGGUGGAGCAGAUCACAGGCUUUUACAGUUGAUGAAAAUUCGUUUACUAAAUGCAUCUGAUGUGGCUUUAGUAUUUGUUCAAGCCAUUCAGAGUGGUUCUUAUGCUCACUAUCAGAACAAGGCUCAGGAUGCAAUGCUAUGGAUUUUGAGGAAUGGACACAUAGUUUUCACUCAGAAUGAUGUACUCAGACGCAUGUGUGCAAGUCUUAAUUUUAUCCCUCAGAAUGGUAAAGUUACACAAGCAUCUCUUCUUUUUGACCCAAAGGUGCAAAUAUUUCAAGAACUAUUUGAACCAGAGAAUUUUCCACCACCAACAUAUAAUGAAGAUUCAAUCUUAAAGUCACUGAGGACUUUAGGUUUGAAAGAUUCAUUAGACAACAUUAAACCAGAUGAUGUCCUUCAGAUUGCCAAAACAAUAAGUCAACUAAAAUGUCAUACGACCGCUAAGAAGAAAGCAGAAGCUCUCAUUAAAGUUUGCAACACGUCUAAUAUUUUAUCUAAACUUAACAAACCUGAUUUAAAGACCCUCUGCGGCACCUCAUGGGUUCCAGUUGAUGUGAACAAGUUCACAGAUGUGUUCAGUGAGCCAAAACAGUUGAGAGAUAUGAUGUAUAGCAACGUAGUAGAAUUCUCAAUGCCUCUAACAAAUGAUUUUAACAAACAGGCAAGUAGCAUUCUAGGCCUAAGUGACCUACCACCUCCUGGCAAAGUACUUGAAAAUCUCAAGUCUUUCAGCCAAAAUAUCCAUCAAAUAGACCAAUUCUCCUUUUAUAGGAAACUUCAUGACAUUUACAAAUACAUAAAAGACCAUGUUGAGCAGUUUUAUGAUGACCUUCACCAUGUGCUGAUUUGGAAUGGGGAAGGUUUUUCUUACCCCCAAAAUAUUGUGUUGUCCUAUCCUGACGGUUUGGAUCUGUCCACCUAUGUAAAAAAAGUCCCAUCUGAUUUUCUAAUUUACAAAUCUCUUUUUAUUCAGUGUGGUGUGCACAGUUCUCUUCCAGAGGAUAAGGUGAUUAAUAUACUUCAUGUUCUAAACCACAGCAUAGAGACUAGAAUUCCACCAUCUGGUGAUGAUAAAGAACUGAGAUUGACAGUUUCCAUUCUUGACUGGAUAAAAACAAAUGAUGUUCAUGGAUCGGAUGAUCUUCCUAUCCCAGUGCAAACUGGCAAAUGUGGAUUUUGCCUGAAACCUUUAUCUACAACUUUAUUUUGCGAUAUAGAUAAACUCCGCAUUAAUGGCCUUUGUCCUGAGGGCACAAAUUAUUAUAUUGUCCAUGAAGAAGUGUCUCCAGCAACAGUCAGAUUUUUAAACAUCCCCCUUUUGAGCACCAAACUAUUACAACCAGAAUAUUUUGAACUAGCUGGGCCCUCUGAACCAAUUACUCUCAGAAUUAAGAAUAUACUGAGAGAGUACAGUGAACAUGUUGAACUCUUUAAAGAGAUUAUACAGAAUGCAGAUGAUGCAAACUCCACAGUAUGUGAAUUUUUAGUGGAUAUGAGGCAAAACUCAGAAUCGCGACAAAGUCUGAUAGAUGCUGAUAUGGCCAUGUGUCAUGGACCUGCACUAUGGUGCUACAACAAUAGUAAGUUCACCGAAAAUGAUUUUGUCAACAUCACCCGUGUUGGAGGAGCCACUAAAGAAACACAGUUGAAUAAAAUUGGGAAAUUUGGUUUGGGUUUCAAUACGGUCUAUCACAUAACAGAUGUACCUUCAAUUAUGAGUGGAUCAAAGCUUUUAAUAUUUGAUCCAAACAUCAACCACAUGAAGAAACACAUUCCUAAUGGAAGCAACCCAGGAAUAAAACUAAACCUGCAGAAACAUCCUGAAACUCUCAAGAUAUUUGCCGAUCAAUUCCAACCAUUUUCAAAAGUAUUUAGCUGUGAUCUUAAGAGUCCAUUUAAUUUUGAUGGGACUUUAAUUCGCUUGCCUUUUCGGACAGAAACAGAAGCUAAGAUAUCUCAAAUAUGUGAACAUGUUUACAAUGAAGAAAACAUUAAUAUCUUUUUAAACAGUUUUGAAAGCAGUGCAGACAUUCUGCUAAUUUUUCUAAAAAAUGUUGAAAGGGUGACACUGAAUUUUCUUCCCAAAGAUCUUCACCCUGAGAAGAAGACUACACGAAUGGAUUUACACAGAGACAGAAUAAAAAGAUUGGAGGUGCCUGAAAGUGUAUUUCCACAGCAAAAACAGAUAACUGCUUCUAACAUACUUGGAGUUAGUACAGAGGAAUAUGAUGUCACUGGGUCAAACAUAAUCAAACUUACAGUGCAACAAUUAGAGGCAACUAAGGAACAGCAUUAUUUGGUGCAAUCUAGUCUCGGAAUCAAAGGGUCAUUGCAAAUGUUCACUGAGAAUCCUAAAACAAAGUUUUCCCUUCCUAUUGCUGGAGUUGCUCUACCACUUAACAAAAAUCACGAAACGGGUAGAUGGAGCCCUGAUUUGUUGGACUUUAAAGGGGUGGCUUUCUGUUUUUUACCACUCCCUAUUUUCUCGGGGCUCCCUUUUCAUUUAAAUGGAUCAUUCUCGGUUAUGUCCAAUAGGAAAAGCUUGUGGGAUACAACAGAAAAAGGUGAAUGGAACAAACGUUUAUGUUGCGAUGCGGUCUUGGUUGCACUGAUAACAGCCCUGUUACAGUUACAAGAACAAAGUCUGAAUGGGGCAUUAGAAAACUAUCAAUACCAUACAUUCUGGCCUGAUAUUACAAAAGUUAAGUCACAGUUCACAGAGGCAGUGAAAGCUUUUUACCAAGCCAUGGCAUUUGGAUUUGCAGACUACCUCCCAGCUCUCUUUAGCAAUGGACAAGAAAGCUGUACAAUAAAACAUGCUUGUUUUUUGCAGCUAGAGAAUACCAGUUCAAAUGGUUCAAAUUCAGAAACUUUUCAAAAACUUGCUACAAAAGUGUUUUCACAGUUCCUACCAGAACCUUAUCUUGCAGUGUCCAUUCCAGAAUGGGUUAAAACCAGCUUCAUUAACAGCAACUGCUUCACUGAGCUUCAUAACAAUUAUUUCAAUUGUGAACGUUUUUACAGAGAUAUUGUAUUUGAAAAUCUUGACUCUCUAGAUACAGAAGACAGAAAUGCUCUCAUACUUAAUGCCAUUGACAUGCAAAACAAACAGCUAGAUGAGCUGCUGUUAUCAAAACCUUGCAUCCCAACAUCUCCCUACGGAAAGCUACAAUUUAUUACAAAGCUGGUGCAUCCUGAAGGUUUAGUGUCAACAUUGUAUAACCAGGAGGAUGAGUGUUUUCCUCAAGGUGCAGAUUUCUUGAAAACCGACAGAUUAGCACGCUUACAGUUUCUUGGCAUGGUCAAAGAUAAAAUUCCAAUGAAAGAACUAAUGGAAAGGGCAGCAAAAAUAAAUGAAGUUUGGAAACAGGAUAGAAACGCAGGAUUACAAAAGAUUUCCUGCGUGUUGGAGCUGAUAAAUGAUUUGUGUCACCAGUCAAAGGAUAACAUAUCCCAGAGAGAAUUCAGGAGCAUUGCCUUUCUUCCAGCAUUAUCACCUAAAAGCAUAUUUGAUGGGACAAUAAAAACUGCUUUAAUGAAAUCCACAGAUAUCUUUCAUUCCAAAUACAAGGACCUUGUUUGCAUGAUCAAACCAGUUCUUUGGGAAGAUGAUCUGGGAGAAUUAUUUACAUUUUCUCAAUCAACUCUGUCUUUUUUAGGCCUUGAUCAGCCUCCUAACUGGGAACUGGUGAUUUCACAACUGACAGAAAUCCACAAAAUAUCCAAUUUGUUAAAAACAGAAGAAAUGUCUCAAAUGGUCAGGAGCUGCUAUAGCUUUUUAAAUAAGUUAAUACAAAAAGAGCCAAGCCAAGCCAAUAGCAUUCAAGAAAGAACUGUAGGCAUUCCUUUUGUUUAUGUUAAUAGAGAAUUUGUGCAACUGGACUCUCUUGCAUUUGAAAUGCCUUUUGAUGCUUCACCUUAUCUGUAUAAAUUGCCAAAUGAGUACAAGGUGUUUCAUAAUCUGUGGGAUUGUGUUGGACUACGUAAAAAAUUCACAAUCAAACAUUAUACCACUGUCUUUGAAAACAUGGCCAUGAAAUAUAAAGAUAGCCCCCUCCCGCAAAAGGAAACCUCAUUGGCUAUACAGAUAAUACAUUAUUGUGCAAUCUAUGAGGAGGAUUCCAUUCAUUCACUUAACCUUUGUGCCCAGCAAAUUUUUAUACCUGACCAACAAUGUAUAAUGUGUCACAGAGAUAAGAUUUAUUUCAAUGAUACUCCAUGGCUGCUUUCUGACAAAAGCUUGCGUUUCUGCCACGAUUUAAUUCCACGCUUUGUGGCUCUGAAAUUGGGGAUUAAAACAAAAAUUCACCAUACAUUGCAAAAAAUGAAAGUUUCUAACCUCUCUCAUUGGGUCUUACAUUUUGGUGCCAAAGAAGAUAUAACUACACGCAUCAAAAACAUUAUAAGUGAAUAUUCCUCUAAGAAGGAUAUCUUGAAAGAACUCAUUCAGAAUGCUGAUGACUCAGAGGCUACAGAAAUUCACUUUGUGUUGGACAACAGAACACACAAAACUAUGAGGAUUUUUGGGGAAAGUUGGGAACCAUUGCAGGGACCAUCUCUGUGUAUCUACAACAACAAGACAUUCGACUCUAAAGACAUUGAAGGCAUUCAAAUGCUAGGUAUAGGUGGUAAAGGAGACCGUGUUGACAAAACUGGGAAAUUUGGACUGGGGUUUAAUACAGUUUACCAUAUAACUGAUUGCCCUUCAUUUGUUACUGAAGAUUUUUUUCUCUGUGUUUUUGAUCCUAAUCUAGCUUUUUUACCAACAUCUGAAACCAGCAGCCCAGGAGGAAUGUUCAAGCUAGAUCAAGAAUUCAAGAACACCUUUGAAGAUGUAUAUCAUACUUACCUCCCUGAGUUGUUUAACCUUCAAGAGGGUACACUUUUCCGUUUACCUUUAAGGAUGGCAAACACAGUACAAAAGUCUAAGAUUUGCAACCAAACUGUCUCUUUGGAAGAUAUCCGAAUAAUGUGCAAGGAAUUGGAAGAGGAUGCAGACAGCAUGAUAUUGUUUUUAAACCACAUUAAAAAGAUAACAUUCUCUGAAAUCUCUUGCACCGGUGACAAUAAAAUGUUGCUGUCCAUUACAACAGAAAUGGAGCCAUCAGAUGAAAACAGAAGGUCUGCUUUUCAACAUAAAAUAUCCCAACUUGCAAAGGAUGACAAAUGUGAAAUUGGCACUGAACCAUUAAGUGUAUCUUACAAAAUGGUAAUAAAAUGCAAUUCCAAGAAACCAACAUAUUGGCUUAUUGAUAAACAGGUUGGUAUUGAAGGUGAUGGAGCACUGGCUGAGUUUCAUACGAUUUCUAAGCGUUUGCAGAAGACUAUUGCUCCCCAUGGAGCUAUAGCUACAUGUCUUGAUCAACGUGUUAAAGGACGGGCCUUCUGCACUUUGCCACUUCCUGCAGAGACUGGACUUCCUGUACAUAUCAGUGGAACAUUUGUAGUGGAUGCUGCACGCAGGGACAUCUGCGAAGAAGAUGGCAGAAGUCUGAAAACUGAAUGGAAUUCAUUUAUACUUUCAAAUGUCAUAGCACCAUUGUAUGUCAAGCUUCUUAAGAGCCUUAAGAAAGAAAUAACGGCAGGUAGAGAAACAAUUAGGUUUCAAAGUUGGAAUUCCUGUAGGGACCCCCUUGAUAACUUUUUAAGCCAUUUUCCUAAAAGCAUUGCUGGCCUGUCCCAUCUUUGGAAGACAAUGGUUAACCAAGUCUAUCGUACUAUAUUUGAAAAACAAGUUAAAUUGGUCCCAGUUUAUAAAACACAAUCAAAACAAGAAAAAUAUCUUGAGAGAGUAUUUGUGGAAAUUAGGUGGACAAAAAUUGAUCACAGUCUCUUAAUUGAAGCACCAUAUUUUCUCCAAAGAGACAACCCUCUGGUUCCUGUUCUACAUGCAGUCAACAUGAAACUAGCUUAUGACAACUCUCUGCAUUCUAUAUGUGAAGAGUUCAAAGCAGCAGGUGUUGAAGUCCUGGAAUUAAGUCCUAAAACAUUAUGCAACUUUCUAAGAAAUGUCUCACUUCAUUCACAAGAGAAGAGCCAACCCGUGAAAGUUUCUGAAACUUUUCUUUAAAAAAAAGAAAAUUGCAAGUUACUUUUAAAAUACUGUUUCAUUUGGCAAAAUGGUAAACAAAGUGAAAAUGUAGAUCUGCAAGGUGUUCCUCUUUUGGUGACUGAAGAUGACAUGCUUCAAUCAUUUGACAGAGAAAAUCCUAAAUAUUAUUCAAAAUUUGGUAACCUAUUCCCAGCUUACAAACACCUAUUUACAAAGUGCGAGGGCGCAUGCAUUGAAACACUAGUGAAGCAUUGCUUCUUGAAACCUUUAACUAUCCAAAAUGCAGCUUUUUUUAUAAAAGCACAUCUAGGUGAGUCAUUCAAUAUUUCUCCCAGAGAGGAUUGUGCAGGUCAGUUUGUACGUGAAAUCAACAAUGAACCUUGGUUAAAACAUCUAUGGUGCUUCUUUCAAAGUGAGCUACAUAGCAAGAGAAAGGAAGAGAGAAUGCAACUAUUUAAGGACAUUUUAUCCUUGUUCAAUGAGUGGGCUAUACUACCAGUGUGCUAUGGAAAACAUUCUGAGAAAAACGUUCUAAUUCCACUUGCCAAGGUCAAGAACACUCUAAAAUCUCUUGAUGGUGAAGUGAACAAAAUUCUUUUUGAGCUGGGAUUCUCCCGUGUGAAGUCUUCAUUACUGCCUUUAGACCUAUAUGUUGAAUACAUUUCUCCUGCUCUUAUGGAUACAAAAGAUGCCAGUAUAGUGCUGCAACAAUUAUGUUCUAAAAGUCAUCUUCAAUGGAAUGAACUUGAGGUGAUCUCUAUUGACCUACUUCUGAAUUUCUUUUUACAUGGUUUACAAAAUAAAAGCAAGAGUAAAACCUUAAUAGACCAACUUCAAUCUUUACCCUUAUUUGAGAACCACAAAGGAAUGCGAAAGUGUUUGAACAUUUAUAAAAAAAUGUACAUAUUAGACACUAAUCGCGAGUUGGAGUUUAUAAAACUUUACGAGCUGGACCCACAAACCAUUUUCUUGAAAAAUAAUGCGACUAAUAGAAAUUUAUGUAAACAUAUAAGCAUUCAAAUAAUCAAAGAAGUAGAUUUUCUAGUAGAAUUUCUCCUUCAUAACUUGGCAUCUGUACAUGAAGAGGAAUUCUUACAUAUUCUUAAACUGAUUUUGGAAAUAAGUGAUCUGCCUGAAUACCAAAAUAACAAAGAUACUGUUAUCUCCACCUUGAAACCAAUGAAGUUAAUCAGAGACAAAAAUGGAGCACUUCAGCAGGUAUCAUACUUUUACAAUCAUGAAAUACCCAUUUUUAAAAUUUUCGAGUUACAAUCAAUGUUUAUCCCGGACGACUUCAUGAAACCAUUUAAAAAAUAUGGAAAUCGUUUCAAUACUCUACUACUGGACCUUGGUAUGAAAAAUGCACUUUCAGAAAAUGACUUUAUUAGGUUUGCAACCAAUAUUGAAAGGCAUGCAAAAGAUAAUGACAGAUCAAAAUCCCUUAAGCCAAAGGCUAAAGCACUGUUCAACUACUUACUGUCCAUGGAUGAAAAAAAACUCAGUAAUGAUUUUAUAACUAAACUGGGAAACAUUAAGUUCCUCUUUCCUUUAGAUGUACACAAAGACUUAAAAUCCCUCUUUCCUUCACAUUCAGAGAACACUACAAUCGCACUUAAAGGGUCCCUGCUAAAGAAAUAUGAGGAAUAUGAAUCAUUAACUUGGACUUCAAUGGACUUGAUCAAAAAUCUGACCUACAUAGACAAGAAAAAGCUGAGCAUUUUAGCUAAGUGUGGUGUUCUGCUUGAGCCACCAAUUUGUCAUGUGGUGAACAAUCUAAAAAAUAUUUGUAGUGCUUCAUGUGACAAUAAAACAUUAAAGACCACUAGGAGUCAAGUUCUUAAAUUAUCUUAUGAUUUCCUUCAGAACAAAAACACUUUUGGCCCUCACACCUUUGCAGACAUUCAAUUAAUUUUAUUAGAAGAUAACAAUGUAACUGAGCCAGGAAAUGUAGUUUUUAAUCUUUACAAUAAAGACCAUUUCUCACCUUAUCUAUUCAAGUUGCCUCCACUUCUUGCAUGCUACAGUCCAUUCUUUCAAAAGAUUGGGGUGGCCCUGGAACCUUCCACCUUUCAUUAUGCAAAGGUGCUUUCAACGAUUUAUAAAGAAACUCUUUAUAAAGAAGAAAUGCAUCCAAACCUAAAAAGGACUGUUCUGACUGUCACUGAACAGCUUUUUAAACUUCUAGAAAAAGAAAAGCCAACAGAACUGCCAGAUAUUAAAACACUUUAUCUUCCAGCCACUAAUGGAAAGCUCUAUGAUUCAUGCAGCCUUGUUCUCAACAAUAGGUGUACUUCUAUGGCAUUAUCUCGACAAAGUAAUGUACUUAUGUUUCUAGCAAUUGAUUAUUUAAGUGAUGACCUAUGCAAACAGGAACAGCUUGUCAAAUGCUUACCUGAACAAAUGCGUCCUAAAAUGCUUACACAGAUAACCGAACAAACAGUUGACAAAGAAUCACUAAAGAUUUGUAAAUAUGGAGAUCAAUGUCCACUAAAAAAACGCUUCCAGGAACUUCUAGCCUCUCCAGUCCUUCACGAAGGUCUUGUUUGUCUUUUAAGGAGUCAGAACAAUGGAAAACUUGGUGAAGAAGAGGCUUCCAAAAUGUGUAGAGUUGUUUCUGGAAAACUAGACGUAAUAUGCUGCUCUAAUUUAAAGACAUCUCUUAUAUAUGACGGCAAGCCUUUGGAAGGAACACAUAUGACUCAAACUGUUUUUGUGAACAAAAAACGUGAAGAUCAAUGUACAAUUUACCUAAAGCACACUGAAUCAGUCUGCAUUAGUUCAUAUGUUAUCAUAAUUACUGUGCUUGCUACAGAAAUUAACAGUCUAAUGGAACAUGAAUUCAAUAGUCAAUCCAUGCCAAUUCUUAUACAAAUGUUAAGUUGUGAAAAUCCCGAUGGUAUACUUUAUGUGCUUAAGACUAAUAACUUAAUGAAAAAUAAGAGUGCCUACAGUAUUUACAGGUUUCCAAAUCCAGGAGAACCCAUUCCUGCUGAGUGGCAUGAUGCUUUAGAUAUGAGUAUUUUGAAUAGUUUUAAAGUAAAUGACUAUGUUGGAUACAUGGAUCCCUCAGAAGAAGGCUCCUACCGUUAUGCAACAAUAGUAGAGGAACUGGAUACCAUAUUAUCUAAUGGUGAAAUAAAGAUGUACCGAAUCUGCCUUGGUAAAGAUGAAUUUGCUGAAGUUAGUGCACUUGAUUUGUAUCAGUUUAAAAGAAUCAUUACUGAAGACUGUAAAGCAUUGGUAUUGGUUGAGAAUACAAGUCAGCAAGAACAUAUUCGCGAUAAGUGGCAUGAAGCAUCUAUGGAACACAUAAAAAAAGAGCUUGAUGGAUGUCUAAAACAAAUCUGGAAUUUGCCCAAGAAUGAAAGAGAAAAAGCAAUCAGACGUCUUUACCUUAAGUACCAUCCAGAUAAGAACAUUGGGAAAGAAGAACUUUCAACAGAAAUUUGCAAGUCUCUCCAUCAGAGAAUCCGAGAGCUAGAAUCAGGUACAAAAGCGAAUGGCGCAGCUUCAUCGACGUAUUAUUCUAAUCCUUCUAAACCUUUUUACAAAUGCUGGGAAAGAUGGGAUAGAGAAGCUUCACAUCACAGAAGAAGUCAUGAAACCUUUUCAAAGAGGACAAAAUGUCAGUAUGAUUUCUGGGGCUACCACAACAAAGCUACCAAACCAAAUCCUACAGAAGCAAGUAGGUGGUUUAGGCAAGCAGAGUGCGAUCUAAGAGCUGCAGAACAUGAAGUUGGUUUCCACCAUACUGAAUGGGUGUUUUUCAAAGUACACCAAGCUGUAAAAAAGGCUUUAUUUGCAGCUCAGUACAUCCAUAAAGGGAAAACUGACAACAAUGAAAACAUUGACAUUGUAAAUUUGGCAAAAAAUGUCUCUACAUACUGUAGCAGUCUGCAUGACAUUAACAAAUCUGUGUUACAGAUGGAAAGAUAUGGAGUGGACAAAUUAAAAACACAGUAUCCUAAUUUCUGUAAUCCACCUGACAUCCCAAACAAUAGUAUGCCAUCAGACAAAGAACAUGAAGUCAUUCAAUUGGCUGAAAAUGUUCUCCAGAAAAUAAAGACAUAUGUGUAUUGAUAAGAAGCACAUCAGCUUUCUCUUCAUUAUUCACUUUAACAUAGGUUAAAAAAAAGUUAAACUCUUUGGUUUUUCUAUUUUACAAUCAUUAAAAUGUC